AUGCCCCGGUCAAAUGGCACUUAUGAGGCAAUGAACAGGGUUGUGUCAUCUCCAAUGUUUGGCCAGCGGAUUGGUCGAGGAUUAGGGCCUCUCAAAGACGGUCUUCAGCAAUCUUAUAUGCGUUCGGUCGGUCCACAAUAUCUGACAAUGUACUGUAUCUCACUCUGCACUCUGCAACCUGCACUGUACUGCACCGUUAGACUGUUUUUUUGUUCAGAUUCCUGGUCCACGCGGGGCUAA